UGCAAGGAGAGCACACAGGAGGGAAUGGCUGCUGUGUCCCCAACUGCCAAAUGCCAGAAUAUACACUGAAACAUUUAUGAGUAAAGAGACAUCAUGUUUGCAUAUUGCUCUGGAGAAGUUCAGGAAAAAGGACACAGUGACAUUCGAGGACGUUGCCGUGGUUUUCACAGAUGAAGAGUGGAGGCAUCUGAUUCCUAUUCAGAGGGACCUCUACAAAGAGGUGAUGCUGGAGAACUAUAAGAGCAUUGUCUCGUUGGGACUUCCAGUUCCUGGACCUGAUGUAAUUUUUCAGUUGAAGAGAGGGGAUGAGCCUUGGAUAGAGGAGCUUCAUGGAUCUGAGGGGAAAGAAUGUGCAGAGAAUGUCUAUCUAGACUGGAAGACCAAGCCUGAGAUCCAGGGUGCUUCAGAAGAAGAAAAAUCAGAAGGAACAUUGAGGGGAAAGCUUGAAAGAAAAGAUCCUGUGUCUCCUAAACUCGAAGUUCAUGCACUGGAGGGUAGCUUGGGAACAAAGAAGAAAAGCCCUGUGGUGGAAGCCUUCAAGAAAUCCCUUUUCCAGGGGGAAAGCUUGUGGCAUGGGGCCACCCCUCCCAAGAAAAUUGUCACGAAAGAGAGGGACCAGGAAUGCAGAGACUGUGGGAAGACCUUUUUCGACCAUUCCUCCCUUAUCCGCCAUCAGAGGACUCACACUGGAGAGAAACCCUAUGACUGUCCCGAGUGUGGAAAAGCCUUCAGUCACAGGAGCAGUCUCAGUAGACAUCUAAUGUCCCACACUGGGGAGAGCCCCUACGAGUGCAAUGCCUGUGGGAAAGCCUUUUUUGACCGUUCAUCCCUAACUGUACAUCAGCGAAUUCAUACUGGAGAGAAGCCCUUUAAAUGCAACGAGUGUGGAAAAGCCUUCUUUGACCGCUCAUCCCUUACUCGACACCAGAGAAUUCAUACUGGAGAAAGUCCUUAUGAGUGUAAUCAGUGUGGGAAAGCUUUCAGCCAGAAAAGUAUUCUUACUCGACAUCAGCUAAUCCAUACGGGCAGGAAGCCUUAUGAAUGUAAUGAGUGUGGGAAAGCCUUCUAUGGUGUCUCAUCUCUGAACAGACAUCAGAAAGCCCACGCUGGAGAGCCUCGCUAUCAGUGCAGUGAGUGCGGGAAAGCUUUCUUUGACCGCUCAUCACUUACUCAGCAUCAGAAGAUUCACACUGGAGACAAGCCAUACGAAUGCAGUGAAUGUGGGAAAGCCUUUAGCCAGAGGUGCCGGCUUACAAGACAUCAGAGAGUUCACACAGGGGAGAAGCCCUUUGAGUGCAGUGUGUGUGGGAAAGUUUUCAGUUCUAAAUCAUCAGUUAUUCAACAUCAGCGACGCUAUGCCAAACAGGGAAUAGACUGAGUUGAGCUAAAGCUGGAGUCCAGGGACCUCUGUGAAAACUUAAGAUAGGUCUUCCCCGUCUUAACCCACCUGAUCACCUGAUCAUCCUCCCUAUUCUGGCUACCACUGUCCUUUCCUGCCUCUGCUACCACAGUGCUUGAAUGAAUGCUCCCUACCCACUGUGUUGUCGAACUGAUGUGGGAUGCCAGAAAUUAGGAUGUGACUUUAAAUAGAGUCAAUAUUUUGCAGAGGUUUGUCAACAACAGGGAUAAACAUUAGGAGGUGAUCCCCAGACACACCUCCUGUCCGAGGCCCCAGGUACCACUGCACUUUAAAUAAUUGGAGGCUGCAACAGGAGGGUAAAGGCAGACCUAGGUCAGAGCUUCACUGUUUUUUCCAGAACAGUUCAUUUUUUAUAGCUGUUAGUCCCUCUCUCUCGGAGAUUUUUUGGGCACUGACCUUGUUCUGUUGUGUCCCAGCUUCUAGAUCUCUACUACUACUACUACCACUAAUAGCUCGCAUUUAUUGAGCACUCAUUAUGGGGUCAGUACUCAGCUGAGAGUUUUGCAAGUAGUAGAUUAUUUGGUUCUCUCACCAACCCUCUGAAGUAGGUACUUUCACUACCCACAUUUUGCAGAUGAGCAAACAGAAGUUUAGAGGGGUUUAAUAACUUGCCCAAGGUGACAGCUAAUAAAAGAUGAAGGCAGGUCUUCAAUACUGGUAUACCUUCAAAGCCUGUUCUCUUUACCAUUAUUCCAUAAGGUUUGUUUUAUAAUUUAUAUACACUUAUUAUCUCCUCAACUAGAUUGUAAGCACUUGGAAACGUGAUUUCAUGUCUUUGUAUCACACAGUGCCUUGCAAAUAAUAGGUGCUCAAUAAAUAUUUAUCUGAAUUAAUGACCUUUUGACUUACCAAGUUCUAUUUAAAAUACCUCUUAUAAUUCACAUGAAUUCUCUGAAUUUUUAGUCUAGCCUGUACCUUUAUCAUCUCAGGCUCCCAUGACUGCAGUAUCACUCCCUGAUUCAAAUUCUUUCUUCUUCAUUAUUGAAAAAGGGUUUGUUAAGCUAUGGUGCAAUAACAAGAAACUCCCCCCCCAAAACAGAUUUACUUCUCAUAUAAAAUCAGAUGUGAGUCAGUCUGUCUUCCUCUAUCCUCAUCGUUUAGAACUUGUUCCCUUCAAGGUCAUCAUGAAAGAGAACACUGGAGGAUGUUUUGACACAUUUUUAAGGGCCACCGCUUCUGUUUAUACCUUAUAAACCAGGACCCAGGACCAAGAGACUAGGAAAGUCAACAGGCACCUCGAUAUUUAGUUAACAUCAACAUCCCCUGUCACAAGUUAAAUUUUCCUAAUUACUGUUAGGCCAGUGUUUCCAAAUGACUCCUUCUUGCCCAUCAUUGCCUUACUCAAGAUCUAAAAUAGCUCCCUAUUUAAUGAAAGUGUCCCUGGAUAUUUAAGGUCUGACUUAACAUGAUCUCACAUGGCUGAACUUGAAGUCCCAACUCCCCAAACCCUUGUAUUCCCUGGACCCAGCCCUAUGUUUUAAUUUUAUUGAAGGGCAGGCACCAGGCAACUUUGAUGCUAGGCAUCUGCUAUCCCUUCCUAUUUGCUUAAGGUAAUUCCCAGAAAAGGAGUUGAUUCUGAAAGGCUGUCUGGAACUUGGCUCACCCUUCACGAAUCCCAGUGGACCAAGAUGCACUUCUCCCUGGGGGUUAAAGUCUGAUUUGAGAAGCUGGAUUGCCAAACAGACCCUUCUGCCAACCUACUCACAACCCUAUUGGUCCACCUUUCUUAGAGCAGAAGAGCAGCAAGGAAGACUUUUUACAUGUGGACUUUAAAAGCAACUUGAGGAAAAACAGUUUAUUGGAGUAGAUAAUGUCUGAUAUUUUAUAAUGUCAAGUAGAAAAUAAAAAGAACUAUUGACAAAC